AUGACCUUCUCCGAGCUCCUAGACCGCCUGGGUGGCUUCGGCCCUUUCCAGUUCCGACACCUGUGCCUGAUCGGCCUCCCAGCCUUGGGCUUAGCAAACCACAUACUGCUGCAGAUCUUCACAGCCACCACCCCUGACCACCACUGCCUCCCACCCCCAAACGCCUCUGCGGGGCCCUGGGUGCUCCCCACGGAUCUAGAUGGGAAGGCUGAGAGGUGCCUCCGUUUUGUGUAUCUGCCCAACGCCAGCCUACCUAACGGCACACAGGGGGCCACAGAGCCGUGUCUGGACGGCUGGGCCUACGGCAUCAACACCAGGUACUCCAUCGUGUCAGAGUGGGACUUGGUGUGUGACUCCUACAAACUGAAGGAGUUGGCCCAGUCUAGCUUCAUGGCCGGAGUGCUGAUUGGUGGGCUCGUGUUUGGAAACCUAUCUGACAGGUUUGGCCGUAAAAUAAUCCUGUCCUGGAGCUACCUGCUGUUGGCCGCCAGCGGCUGCUGUACCGCCUUCAGCCCCACCUUCCUCACCUACCUGAUCUUACGCUUCCUGUCCGGCAGCAGCAUCUCAGGCAUUAUCCUGAGCUCGGUGAUCCUGGUUGUUGAGUGGGUGCCCACCCAGCUCCGGGCCAUCCUGUCUACGUACGUUGGCUACUGCUACACCAUUGGCCAGUUCAUCCUGCCUGGACUGGCCUACAUCAUACCUCAGUGGCGCUGGCUACAGUUCACGGUGUCCGUUCCCUUCUUCAUUGCCUUCCUGUGGUCCUGGUGGAUAGCAGAAUCUGUACGCUGGAUGGUCCUGUCCGGAAGGUCAUCCAAAGUCCUGAAGAUACUCCGCCGCAUGGCUGCUUUCAACGGCAAAAAGGAGGAAGGAGAAAAGCUCAGCUUAGAGGAGCUCAAACUCAACCUGCAGACAGAGAUCUCCUUGGCCAAGGCCAAGUACAGCGUAGUUGACUUGCUCCGGACACCUGUCAUACGCCGCAUAACCUUCUGUCUUGCCUUGGCCUGGUUUUCCACUGGUUUUGCCUACUACAGUUUGGCCAUGAGUGUGGAAGACUUUGGGGUCAACAUCUAUAUUCUCCAGAUCAUCUUUGGGGGCAUUGACAUCCCAGCCAAGUUCAUCACUAUCCUCUCCAUGAGCUACAUGGGCCGGCACACCACGGAGGCUGCUUCUCUGCUCCUGGCAGGAGGGGCCAUCUUGGCUCUCAUCUUUGUGCCCUCGGACCUGCAGACCCUGAGGACAGUGCUGGCCGUGUUUGGGAAGGGGUGUCUGUCUAGCUCUUUCAGCUGCCUCUUUCUCUACACAAGCGAGCUGUAUCCCACCGUUAUUCGGCAAACAGGCUUGGGCAUAAAUAACCUGUGGACCCGCAUGGGCAGUAUGUUGGCUCCAAUGGUGAAGACCCUGGCCGAGGUGCAACCCUUCAUCCCCAAUGUCAUCUACGGGGUCUUCGCCCUCGUGGGAGGCAGUGCCGCCCUCUUCCUACCUGAGACCCUCAAUCAUCCACUGCCGGAGACCAUUGAAGACAUAGAAAACUGGUUCCAGCAGGCCAAGGAGCCAGAGCGGGAACUGGAAGUGGACAAGAUCUCCCAGAGGGUCCCUCUGCAGCCCUGUGAUCCUGGCCGGCUCCCCAGCUGA